GAAUAUGAAUCUACAAAAGGAAAGUCAUUAUUUGAUACAUCUAGUGAAAUAAGAUGUAAAUUCCUCAUACUUCCAGAAAGUCCAAAUAAAAAGGAGCGAAAGAGAAAAUCCGAGAAUGAGUAUCCGGAGAAUACUGAAAUAACUGCUACACAAUUAGUUAAGGAUAUAUUUGGAAAUACUAAAUUAACAAUACAAGAACCUGAAAUAGAAAUGAAGAAUACAAAAAGAGGAAGACCGAAAAAGACUGAAGAAGCAAGCAAGAAAAAAAUUGUUAAGGAAUUUGAAAAAGAUAUUGUAUGGAUAGGAGAUCAAAUUAUCAGUGAUAAUCUAAAAACAUUUUACAGAUCUGUUAAAAUAAGUGAUGAAAAAAUAAAAUUAAAUGAUUACGUACUUGUAGAACCAAAAAGUCAAGCAGUUCCAUCGUAUGUGGCUAAAGUUAUUUACAUGUGGGAAAAUACAAAUGGUAUAAAACAAUUUCAUGCAAAUUGGUUGUAUAGAGGAAACGAUACUAUUCUUAGAGAAAUAUCAGAUCCCACAGAAUUAUUUUUAAGUUAUAAUUGUGAUGAUGUACCACUUAAAGCUGUCAGAUCUAAAUGUACUGUUAUCUUCAAAGAUGCAUCAAAAAAUUGGACUGAAUUAUGUAAUACAAAUUUAAAUUUUGAGACUAAAAUGAAAGAUCUAGAUGGUAAAACAUUUUUUUAUCAGAAACGUUAUGUACCUGAAGCAGUUAGAUUUGAAGAUCCUUUACCUGAUUUAAAAUGUCCUUAUAAAAAGAAUAGUCAUAAAUUUUGUCCUGCUUGUGCACAUUUAUGGGCAGUAGAACAAUUCAAUAUACCAAAGGUAUAUGAACGAAUAGAAGAAAAAAAUAGCAAAGAAGUUAUUUAUGGUUUAGUAAAAUAUAAGGGAGAAGAUUAUAGAGUUGGAACAAGUGUACUCUUACAAUCAGAUAUUUUUAGGUUUAAACAUAAAAUUUUGUACCAAAAGCCAGAAUUGAAGGACAUUGUAGAUGAAGAAAUGUAUCCCGAAUACUAUAAAAAAUCUUUUUCUUCUCAUAGGGUUAAGGUCUUUGAUCCUUUUUGUAUAGGAUAUAUAAAUCAAAUAUAUACUAUUACAAACGAUGUGUUAGUUUCACCAUAUGACAUUUUUAUUAAAGUGAACAAAUUAUAUAGACCAGAAAAUACACAUAAAAAUUUUACAUUAGUAGAACAAGCAGAUAUAAAUAUGGUUUACUGGAGUGAUGAAGUGUAUGAUAUCGAAUUUCAAGAAGUUAUCGAAAAAUGCUAUCUUACUUAUUCUGGAAAUUUGAACCAAACUAUUGAGGAAUGGUCUGCUGAAGGACCAAAUCGAUUUUAUUUUAAUGAGGCUUAUAAUGCACAAAAAGAAAUGUUUUAUGAACCACCACAUCAUGCCACUCGCAUUGGUAAAUAUAAAAAUAAAGACGAUUUAAAGUUUAAAGGCAAAAAAACAGUGGAGGAUGAAAAAACAUUAUUUGCAAGUAGACCUAUUAAAUAUGACAAAAUAUCAAAAAGAUUAAGAACAUUGGAUGUAUUUGCUGGUUGUGGUGGAUUAUCUGAAGGUUUACAUCAAGCUGGUGUAGCUGAAACUCUUUGGGCUAUAGAAAAAGAUAAAAUACUUGCAAAUGGAUUUUGUUUGAACAAUCCUAAUACAACAGUAUUUAUUGAAGAUUGUAAUAUAAUAUUAAAAAAAGUCAUGAAUGGUGAAAUAGCAAAUGAAAUUGGCCAGAAAUUUCCUCAAAAAGGGCAAGUAGAACUAUUGUGUGGUGGGCCACCAUGUCAAGGUUUUUCUACAAUGAAUAAGUUUCGUUCAGCAGACUCUACAGUCUUAAAAAAUUCACUGAUUGUUACAUAUUUAUCAUAUUGUGAUUACUAUAGACCUAAUUUCUUUAUAAUGGAAAAUGUUCGAUUUUUCGUAUAUUUUAAAAAGAGUAUUGUUCUAAAAUUAACAUUACAAUGCCUAAUUCGUAUGGGUUACCAAUGUACAUUAGGUAUUCUUCAAGCUGGAAGUUAUGGAAUACCUCAAAUCAGACGAAGACUAAUAAUACUAGCUGCUGCACCUGGACAAAUACUUCCAAAAUAUCCAAAACCUAUACAUACUUUCAACGAUAAGAUAUAUGUGGCGGUUGAAAAAACACCGUACGAUAUAUAUUAUGGUGAAAAUUCAGCACCAUUUAGAACACUCACUGUUAAGGAUGCAAUAUCUGACUUAGCAGAAAUUGAAUGUUUUGCAGAAGAAAUGCCAUAUCCAAAUGAACCAAUAUCACAUUUUCAAAGAAAAAUGAGAGGAAAACAACCAUUAUUAAGAGAUCACAUAUUUAAAAAACUAACACCUCUUAAUGAAGCUAGAAUAGCUCAUAUUCCAAUUGAUGGUGAUUGGCGUGAUUUACCAAAUAUUAUAGUAAAAUUAAGAAACGGUACUUAUACUAACAAAUUAAAAUAUACUUAUGAUGAUAAAAAUUAUGGAAGAAGCUCUACAGGAGCAUAUCGUGGAGUAUGUCGUUGUUGUACUGGAAAAGAAUGUAAUCGUCAAGAUAAACAACUUAAAACUUUAAUUCCAUGGUCUCUGGUACAUUCUAGAAAAACGAAACAUAGUCAAUAUAGUAGAGUACAAUGGAAUGGAUAUUUUGCUUCAACUAUAACACAUAUGUCCCCUAUAUUUUGGCAGGGUAAUGUAUUUCAUCCAGUACAAAAUCGGCUACUAUCUGUACGUGAAUGGGCUAGAUCUCAAGGAUUUUCUGAUUCUUUUCGCUUUUAUGGUCAUAUAACGCAUAAGAUACAGCAAAUUGGAAAUGCAGUUCCUCCUCCACUUGCUCUGGCUAUUGGUCUUGAAUUAAGAAAAUGUAUAAAAAAUGAAAAUGUAAUAACUGAAACUAGUAUAAAAAUAGAACCAGAAGUUAAUUGAUAUAUUGAAAUAUAUAAUAAAAAUGA